UGACCAAAUAAAAGAAAGUUCGCAUUUUUCUUUUUUCUACUGUUUGGCAUUUUCCCUUUGUAUUGGAUAAAUUUAUAGUUCCUUUGAUUAAUCUAUAUAUAGAUUUGUAGAGAGAGAGAAAAAGGGAAAUAGCCAUAGGAGUCUGUCUAUGUGGUAUGUUUCCUCGUGAUCUCUGCAGUCUACGUGAAAUCCCAGAUUGUGGUAUUGUUUGCUCCAUUGUAGUCGUGAGAACAAGUCACAUUUCUUGUUGGGUUUUUACUUUCUGGAGAGAGAAACAAGGAAACUGAGGUUUUUGAGGGGAAAGAUGGGGACUUUUUCUCUCAAAUUAUGGUAAUUUUGAAUGUGGAGUUUAAGGGUUACCUAGUUUAUCCUCGAAUGAUGUUUUUGUUUGCCUGCUAAUUCUGUCUUCAUCAUCGGAUUCCCAGCUGAAUUUAGCCUUUUCAAGCAACAUGUUCAGUGCUUCAUCCAGUUAAAGAUGAUAUAACCCUGCACCAGUUGUUUGUAGAUUUGUCCUCCACCAAUUUAAUGGCUGCCUACACAUCUGAUAGGGUUCUUAAGCUGGCCGAGUACAUAGCUCUUGAUCCAAUGGGGAAAUAUUUCUGACCAGAAUGGAUCCUCAGGCUUUUAUCAGGUUGUCGAUAGGCUCCCUUGGAUUGAGGAUUCCUGGAACAGCACUAAAUACUGCAAAGUCAGGAAUCCAUGCAUUCUCUUCCCCAUGUUCGUGUGAGAUACGGCUUCGAGGUUUCCCUGUGCAAACAACAUCUGUUCCUUUAGUAUCCUCACCUGAUGCGAUGCCUGAUAUUCACAGCAUUGCCUCAAGUUUUUAUCUUGAAGAAUCAGAUCUGAAAGCAUUAUUGACACCUGGUUGUUUCUAUACUCAUCAUGCAUGUCUUCAGAUUGUUGUUUUCACAGGGAGAAAGGGAUCCCACUGUGGUGUUGGCACCAAAAGGCAGCAGAUAGGAAAGUUUAAGCUGGAGGUGGGUCCUGAAUGGGGAGAAGGGAAGCCAGCAAUUCUUUUCAGUGGCUGGACAGGCAUAGGAAAAAAAAAGCAACAGAGCAGAAAACCAGGAGCUGAGCUUCAUUUGAGAGUAAAACUGGAUCCUGAUCCAAGAUAUGUCUUCCAGUUUGAAGAUGUGACCACAUCAAGUCCUCAAAUAGUCCAGCUUCAAGGCUCCAUCAAGCAGCCGAUAUUCAGCUGCAAGUUCAGUCGUGACAGGACGCCUCAGGUGGAUCCAUUGAGCACCUAUCGGUCAACCUCUCUUGAUAGCAUUGACCUGGAAACAGAAAGAAGAGAACGGAAGGGAUGGAAGGUGAAGAUACAUGAUCUCUCUGGCUCAGCUGUUGCGGCAGCCUUCAUAACAACUCCGUUUGUGCCAUCAACAGGUUGUGAUUGGGUUGCCAAGUCCAACCCAGGAGCUUGGUUGAUUGUUCGUCCAGAUGUCUGCCGGCCUGAGAGCUGGCAGCCAUGGGGAAAGCUGGAGGCAUGGCGUGAACGUGGUAUCAGAUCUGAUUCCAUUUGCUGCAGAUUUCACCUCCUUUCUGAAAGCCAAGACGGGGGUGAGUUUCUCAUGUCCGAAAUCUUCAUCAGUGCUGAAAAGGGUGGGGAGUUUUUCAUAGACACUGACAGGCUUUUGCGGGCUGCAUCAACUCCAAUACCAAGUCCACAAAGUAGCGGAGACUUUUCAGGGCUAGGUCCAACAGGUGGUUUUGUCAUGAGCUGUAGGGUGCAAGGGGAAGGGAAGCGUAGCAAACCAUUGGUUCAAUUGGCAAUGCGACAUGUGACAUGUGUGGAGGAUGCUGCAAUAUUUUUGGCACUUGCUGUAGCAGUUGAUCUUAGUAUUGUGGCAUGUAGGCCUUUCCGUAGGAGGCAUAGGAGAGGGUCUCGCCAUUCUUUAUGAAGAAGGAAGAAAAUUGCGACUAUUUUUCGUGAACAGAGAAUGGCUUUACAAUAUUACGCAUUGUGUACAUGAUCUCCUGUUUAUCUUUACUCUUUCAAAAAUUGUUCAGUGGGGCAUAAGGUAUCAAUAAAGUCCUCAUGAUAUCUACUCUUAAACCUCACUACUUGUUUGGGACAAAGGUUUUAUUGGAAGGAUAAGGUCUUAGAGGAAUUUUGAAGGUUUUAAAAACCUUCAAAAUCCUCAAUUUGGGGCA